GAGAAAACGAGUUUGUUUACGUUUCUUUGUGUGAAUCUUAGUCAUAAAAAUUAAUUAAUUUGAGUGUUUAGAGAUGUCUGCAUAUGAUUGGGAUACACACAAUAGACAGGCUGUGGCUGAAGGACGUCAAAUACUUGAAAGAACAACAGCUUCGCUUGCCAGAUCAAAUCAAGUUGCAAUAGAAACAGAGAAUACAGGAACUGAGAUUUUAUCAGAAUUAGAUUCCCAACGAGAAGCAUUGCUAAGAACAGGCCAAAGACUUGAUAAUGCCGAUGAUGGAUUAUCAUCAAGUAACAAAAUUAUGCGAACGAUGCUACGAACUGCUUUUUACAAUAAGCUUAUACUUAUAUUAAUUAUAUUCCUAGAAAUAUGUAUUCUUGCUGGCAUGAUUUAUAUGAAAUUUGUUAAAUAGCUGUAAGAUUCUUAUUGUGUCAUUUCCAUGGAUUAGCUGGAUGUACUAAGGGGUUUACGAUUCGAAUAAUUGAGUGUUUCGUGAGUUUUUGUUUAAAUUGAAUAGAUUUAAGAUGUUCUUGAAGUGAGUUUUGAUCAGAGUUGCGAUCUGUCACAGGUCAACGAAAACAGCCCACCUGUCACAGGCCGUUACCUGUUCACAGGUCAAUUUUUUCCACCUGUCACAGCUCUGACCUGUCGCAGGCCUCACCUGUGCAUAAAAUGGCAUAAAAUAUUAAAACUAGUAUAGACUUUGUCAUUUGAGACCACAAAAAGUCGAAAUAUAUAAUAAAUUAUAAUCCAAGAUUACGAUUUCAGAACAUCUAGAUCUAGUAAAAGAGCCUUUGUGUCAGAUUUCAGCUUGGUAAACUAAAGUAUGACAAAAAAAGUUGAAUUUGUAUGAAAAUA